GACCAGUAGCCCUACCCGUUCGCAUGUCCAACCAUUCUGCAUCGCCCGGAGUAACAGCCACGCAGACUAGAAAAAAGGUAAAACGCACUUUCUAAGGGGAGAGAGUGAGAAGGGAGGGGAGAGAGAAAAACGCCCUGGACACGGAGGGAGACUCGGGUUGAUAAAACAAGAAAAGUUUUUUUUUUAAUGAGAGAAAUAAGGUUUGAUUGGGAAGAAGAAUACGUGCUUUUAUCGACUGCUGGGACUGCAGGAGAAGAGAACACUGCCGAAGAUGCUCAAGAUGCGGUGUUAAAGUUAUUGCAACUCAGACUGCUCAGAGACAAACAGGAAGCAAAGAGAGAGCCCUUGGCCUUGCUUGAGCAUUCCAAAGCAGAAACCAAGGCAGAAACAAACGACACCAGAGCAUAGACAGAGGACAAGAAAAAACAAAGGAUGGCUGAGGAGGAGGAAACCAGGGAGGUGCUCUUCUCUGACUGGUCGGGUCCAGAAAAACAGGGAAUGACCCUUGAGCAGUCAGGCGAAGGAGAGAUCUAUGUCAAAGAGGUGAAAAUGGAGUCGCCUGCUGGACGCACUGGAAGAGUACAUGAGGGUGAUCAAAUCGUGGGUGCCACCAUCUAUUUUGACAACAUGAGUUCCAAGGAGACGACGGAGCUCCUCAAGACCCUAAACAAACACAAGGUUGGACUGAAACUACAGAACAAGGACAAGUCACCAUGCCGAUCCCCCAUGGGCACUCUGUCACCCUGCCGAUCCCCAAUGGGCACUCUGACGUAUGAAGGGAGAGGAAGGGUUGGAGGCUCCAGCCAAGACAUUAUCCUGAGUGGGGACGAUGAAGAUUACAAGAGAAUAUAUUCCAAGAAGAUUAAGCCCCGGCUGAAGUCUGAGGAUCUGGCGGAGGGCGUGGACGUCCGUACGGAGCGCCACAGCAGCACCAGCACCGACGGCAGCACGAUCACCACCAUCACCCGUCGCAUCACUACCUACACUGUGGACAUGCCAGAGGGCGUGGACGAGCAGCUUGAUCAAACCAGCCCAGAGUUUAAAGGGCAACGGUACGAGCAGUCAGAAGGGGGCAGCUCGUCUCAAAUCCGAGUUUUACAUGGAAGCGGAAGCUCUUCAGGUGUAGGAGGGAUUGGAGGGGGUGAUUUUGAAUUAGGAGGUGAUGGUGUUUCCUUCACUGUGCCGGAUGUAACUAGCUCUUCUGAGAAGCACUGGAGCACUGGAGGGGUGAAGACCACCACUGUUACAAGGCAGAUAGAGGGGGGAGAUGGUGGAGCAGCAGGGAUCAGAUUCAAAGGAUCAAGCUUUGGGAUGCCUGGGGCGAAGGGUCAGCGGGAGUUUGGCCUCUAUAGAGGGGGUGAGCAGGGGGAGCAGGGGGGCUUUCAGGUUUCAGGUGACUCAGCUGACUACCAGGCAGGAUCAGUCAAUGUUACGGCAUCUGGAAAAACAACAAAUAUUUCAUCCAGCUCCAUAUCAAUGGGUAAAGGGGAGGUGAGAGGAGUAGACGUUCAUUUGCCUGGUAGAGGCAGUGCAGACUGGCAGGGGAGGGUCGGAGGUUCAGUACCUGGAAUAACCAUUAGUGAUCAACAGGUGAGAGGGUCUGGGAGCGUAGAUCUCUCCGGAGGCAACCAGGGUGGGGUUUCCUUACCCAACAUGCCAGGCAUUGAUACAGGCUUGAAUGGGGGCAAGAUAUCAACAGACAUAAGAGUGCCAACACUUGACAUCAAUACGGGCAUGAAGGAGUCUGGCUCAGCGAAAAUGUCUGUAAAAGAAACAACAAUGGAAAGCAAACUCAAAGGUGGCAUCAAAAUGCCAUCAUUUGGAUUGAACACUGGAGGUGCAGACAGCGAUGGCGAUGUGAAACUACGGAAGGUCGAGGGUAGUGUAGAUGUUUCGGUACCUGGGGUAGAUGUAGAUUUAUCAGGCGCAUCUAUGAAUAUGAAAGGAGGAAAGACGAUAGGUGGUGUUGCCAUCAAAGCACCCAAAGUAGACAUUAAAGGUUCAGGUGUUGAUAUAAAAGGUCCAGAAGGCGGAUUCAAGAUACCCAAAGAAAAGAUACCAUCAUUUGGAGUAAGAGGAGCCGGACUUGAGGGUCCUGGUAUCGAUGUCAACCUACCAAAAACUGACAUUGACAUCAGAGCUCCCAAAGUAGACAUUGAAGUGCCAGAUGUUGACAUUGAAGGUUCAGGAGGAUUUAAGAUGCCAAAGAUGAAGAUGCCUUCAUUUGGAAUCAAAGGAUCUAAAUUGGAGGGUCCAAAUAUUGACGUCAACCUACCAAAAGCUGACAUUGACAUCAAGGCUCCCAAAGUUGAUGUUAAAGGUCCAUCAAUAUCAGGACCAAAUAUCUCAAUGCCUGAUGUGGACUUCAAUCUCAAAGGCCCAAAGGUGAAGGGAGAUUUGGGUAUGUCAGGAGACUUCAAAGCACCCAAAGUAGAGGUUGAAGGUCCAGAUGUUGACAUUGAAGGCUCAGGAGGAUUUAAGUUGCCGAAGAUGAAAAUACCCUCAUUUGGAAUCAAAGGACCCAAAGUUGAGGGAGAUGUUGAUGUCAAACUACCUAAAGGUGACAUUGACAUCAAGGGACCUAAUGUUAACAUCAAAGGUCCAGAACUUGACUUUGAAGGCCCUGAUGGGAAAAUCAAGGGUCCAAAAUUCACGAUGCCAUCAUUGUCAGGCCCAAAGGUCUCAAUGCCUGAUAUAGACAUCAAUCUGAAAGGCCCAAAGGUGAAGGGAGAUGUAGAUGUGUCAGUGCCAAAGCUAGAAGGAGACAUCAAGGCUCCCAAAGUUGACAUUAAAGGUCCAUCAAUAUCAGGACCAAAGAUCUCAAUGCCCGAUGUGGACUUCAAUCUCAAAGGCCCAAAGGUGAAGGGAGAUUUGGGUAUGUCAGGAGACUUCAAAGCACCCAAAGUAGAGGUUGAAGGUCCAGAUGUUGACAUUGAAGGAUCAGGAGGAUUUAAGAUGCCAAAGAUGAAGAUGCCCUCAUUUGGAAUCAAAGGAUCUAAAUUGGAGGGUCCAGAUAUUGACGUCAACCUACCAAAAGCUGACAUUGACAUCAAAGCUCCCAAAGUUGACAUUAAAGGUCCAUCAAUAUCAGGACCAAAGAUCUCAAUGCCUGAUGUGGACUUCAAUCUCAAAGGCCCAAAGGUGAAGGGAGAUUUGGGUAUGUCAGGAGACUUCAAAGCACCCAAAGUAGACGUUGAAGGUCCAGAUGUUGACAUUGAAGGAUCAGGAGGAUUUAAGAUGCCAAAGAUGAAGAUGCCCUCAUUUGGAAUCAAAGGAUCUAAAUUGGAGGGUCCAGAUAUUGACGUCAACCUACCAAAAGCUGACAUUGACAUCAAGGCUCCCAAAGUUGAUGUUAAAGGCCCAUCAAUAUCAGGACCAAAGAUCUUAAUGCCUGAUGUGGACUUCAAUCUCAAAGGCCCAAAGGUGAAGGGAGAUUUGGGUAUGUCAGGAGACCUCAAAGCACCCAAGGUAGACAUUGAAGGUCCAGAUGUUGACAUGGAAGGUUCAGGAGGAUUUAAGUUGCCGAAGAUGAAAAUACCCUCAUUUGGAAUCAAAGGACCCAAAGUUGAGGGAGAUGUUGAUGUCAAACUACCUAAAGGUGACAUUGACAUCAAGGGACCUAAUGUUAACAUCAAAGGUCCAGAACUUGACUUCGAAGGCCCUGAUGGGAAAAUCAAGGGUCCAAAAUUCAAGAUGCCAUCAAUGUCAGGCCCAAAGGUCUCAAUGCCUGAUAUAGACAUCAAUCUGAAAGGCCCAAAGGUGAAGGGAGAUGUAGAUGUGUCAGUGCCAAAGCUAGAAGGAGACAUCAAGGCUCCCAAAGUUGACAUUAAAGGUCCAUCAAUAUCAGGACCAAAGAUCUCAAUGCCCGAUGUGGACUUCAAUCUCAAAGGCCCAAAGGUGAAGGGAGAUUUGGGUAUGUCAGGAGACCUCAAAGCACCCAAAGUAGAGGUUGAAGGUCCAGAUGUUGACAUUGAAGGAUCAGGAGGAUUUAAGAUGCCAAAGAUGAAGAUGCCCUCAUUUGGAUUCAAAGGAUCUAAAUUGGAGGGUCCAGAUAUUGAUGUCAACCUACCAAAAGCUGACAUUGACAUCAAAGCUCCCAAAGUUGACAUUAAAGGUCCAUCAAUAUCAGGACCAAAGAUCUCAAUGCCUGAUGUGGACUUCAAUCUGAAAGGCCCAAAGGUGAAGGGGGAUUUGGGUAUGUCAGGAGACCUCAAAGCACCCAAAGUAGACAUUGAAGGUCCAGAUGUUGACAUUGAAGGUUCAGGAGGAUUUAAGAUGCCAAAGGUGAAGAUGCCCUCAUUUGGAUUCAAAGGGCCCAAAGUUGAGGGAGAUGUUGAUGUCAAACUACCUAAAGGUGACAUUGACAUCAAGGGACCUAAUGUUAACAUCAAAGGUCCAGAACUUGACUUUGAAGGCCCUGAUGGGAAAAUCAAGGGUCCAAAAUUCAAGAUGCCAUCAAUAUCAGGCCCAAACAUCUCAAUGCCUGAUAUGGACAUCAAUCUGAAAGGUCCAAAGGUGAAGGGAGAUGUGGAUGUGUCAGUGCCAAAGCUAGAAGGAGACAUCAAGGCUCCCAAAGUUGACAUUAAAGGUCCAUCAAUAUCAGGACCAAAGAUCUCAAUGCCUGAUGUGGACUUCAAUCUGAAAGGCCCGAAGGUGAAGGGGGAUUUGGGUAUGUCAGGAGACCUCAAAGCACCCAAAGUAGACAUUGAAGGUCCAGAUGUUGACAUUGAAGGAUCAGGAGGAUUUAAGAUGCCAAAGAUGAAGAUGCCCUCAUUUGGAAUCAAAGGAUCUAAAUUGGAGGGUCCAGAUAUUGACGUCAACCUACCAAAAGCUGACAUUGACAUCAAGGCUCCCAAAAUUGAUAUGAAAGGUCCAGAACUUGACAUUGAAGGUCCAGAUGGUAAAAUCAAAGGGUCGAAAUUCAAGAUGCCAUCAAUAUCAGGACCAAACAUCUCAAUGCCUGAUGUGGACUUCAAUCUGAAAGGCCCAAAGGUGAAGGGGGAUUUGGGUAUGUCAGGAGACCUCAAAGCACCCAAAGUAGAGGUUGAAGGUCCAGAUGUUGACAUUGAAGGAUCAGGAGGAUUUAAGAUGCCAAAGAUGAAGAUGCCCUCAUUUGGAAUCAAAGGGCCCAAAGUUGAGGGUGAUGUUGAUGUCAAGCUACCUAAAGGUGACAUUGACAUCAAGGGACCUAAUGUUAACAUCAAAGGUCCAGAACUUGACUUCGAAGGUCCUGAUGGGAAAAUCAAGGGUCCAAAAUUCUCGAUGCCAUCAAUGUCAGGCCCAAAGGUCUCAAUGCCUGAUAUAGACAUCAAUCUGAAAGGUCCAAAGGUGAAGGGAGAUGUAGAUGUGUCAGUGCCAAAGCUAGAAGGAGACAUCAAGGCUCCCAAAGUUGACAUUAAAGGUCCAUCAAUAUCAGGACCAAAGAUCUCAAUGCCCGAUGUGGACUUCAAUCUGAAAGGUCCCAAGCUGAAGGGAGAUGUGGAUGUGUCAGUGCCAAAGAUAAAAGGAGACAUCAAAUCACCGAAAGUAGACAUUGAAGGUCCAGAUGUUGACUUUGAAGGAUCAGGAGGAUUUAAGAUGCCGAAGAUGAAGAUGCCCUCAUUUGGAAUCAAAGGAUCUAAAUUGGAGGGUCCAGAUAUUGACGUCAACCUACCAAAAGCUGACAUUGACAUCAAUGCUCCCAAAGUUGACAUUAAAGGUCCAUCAAUAUCAGGACCAAAGAUCUCAAUGCCUGAUGUGGACUUCAAUCUGAAAGGCCCAAAGGUGAAGGGGGAUUUGGGUAUGUCAGGAGACCUCAAAGCACCCAAAGUAGACAUUGAAGGUCCAGAUGUUGACAUUGAAGGUUCAGGAGGAUUUAAGAUGCCAAAGGUGAAGAUGCCCUCAUUUGGAUUCAAAGGGCCCAAAGUUGAGGGAGAUGUUGAUGUCAAACUACCUAAAGGUGACAUUGACAUCAAGGGACCUAAUGUUAACAUCAAAGGUCCAGAACUUGACUUUGAAGGCCCUGAUGGGAAAAUCAAGGGUCCAAAAUUCAAGAUGCCAUCAAUAUCAGGCCCAAACAUCUCAAUGCCUGAUAUGGACAUCAAUCUGAAAGGUCCAAAGGUGAAGGGAGAUGUGGAUGUGUCAGUGCCAAAGCUAGAAGGAGACAUCAAGGCUCCCAAAGUUGACAUUAAAGGUCCAUCAAUAUCAGGACCAAAGAUCUCAAUGCCUGAUGUGGACUUCAAUCUGAAAGGCCCGAAGGUGAAGGGGGAUGUGGGUAUGUCAGGAGACCUCAAAGCACCCAAAGUAGACAUUGAAUGUCCAGAUGUUGACAUUGAAGGAUCAGGAGGAUUUAAGAUGCCAAAGAUGAAGAUGCCCUCAUUUGGAAUCAAAGGAUCUAAAUUGGAGGGUCCAGAUAUUGAUGUCAACCUACCAAAAGCUGACAUUGACAUCAAGGCUCCCAAAAUUGAUAUUAAAGGUCCAGAACUUGACAUUGAAGGUCCAGAUGGUAAAAUCAAAGGGUCGAAAUUCAAGAUGCCAUCAAUAUCAGGACCAAACAUCUCAAUGCCUGAUGUGGACUUCAAUCUGAAAGGCCCAAAGGUGAAGGGGGAUUUGGGUAUGUCAGGAGACCUCAAAGCACCCAAAGUAGAGGUUGAAGGUCCAGAUGUUGACAUUGAAGGAUCAGGAGGAUUUAAGAUGCCAAAGGUGAAGAUGCCCUCAUUUGGAAUCAAAGGGCCCAAAGUUGAGGGUGAUGUUGAUGUCAAGCUACCUAAAGGUGACAUUGACAUCAAGGGACCUAAUGUUAACAUCAAAGGUCCAGAACUUGACUUCGAAGGUCCUGAUGGGAAAAUCAAGGGUCCAAAAUUCUCGAUGCCAUCAAUGUCAGGCCCAAAGGUCUCAAUGCCUGAUAUAGACAUCAAUCUGAAAGGUCCAAAGGUGAAGGGAGAUGUAGAUGUGUCAGUGCCAAAGCUAGAAGGAGACAUCAAGGCUCCCAAAGUUGACAUUAAAGGUCCAUCAAUAUCAGGACCAAAGAUCUCAAUGCCCGAUGUGGACUUCAAUCUGAAAGGUCCCAAGCUGAAGGGAGAUGUGGAUGUGUCAGUGCCAAAGAUAAAAGGAGACAUCAAAUCACCGAAAGUAGACAUUGAAGGUCCAGAUGUUGACUUUGAAGGCUCAGGAGGAUUUAAGAUGCCAAAGAUGAAGAUGCCGUCAUUUGGAAUCAAAGGAUCUAAAUUGGAGGGUCCAGAUAUUGACGUCAACCUACCAAAAGCUGACAUUGACAUCAAUGCUCCCAAGGUUGACAUUAAAGGUCCAUCAAUAUCAGUACCAAAGAUCUCAAUGCCUGAUGUUGACUUCAACCUGAAAGGUCCAAAGAUGAAAGGAGAUUUUGAUUUGUCAGGAGACCUCAAGGCACCUAAAGUAGACAUUGAAGGACCAGAUGUUGACAUUGAAGGUUCAGGAGGAUUUAAGAUGCCAAAGAUGAAGAUGCCGUCAUUUGGAAUCAAAGGAUCUAAAUUGGAGGGUCCAGAUAUUGAUGUCAACCUACCAAAAGCUGACAUUGACAUCAAGGCUCCCAAAGUUGACAUUAAAGGUCCAUCAAUAUCUGGACCAAAUAUCUCAAUGCCCGAUGUAGACUUCAAUCUAAAAGGGCCGAAGGUGAAGGGAGAUGUGGAUGUGUCAUUGCCAAAGAUGAAAGGCGACCUCAAAUCACCCAAAGCAGACAUUGAAGGACCAGUUGUUGACAUUGAAGGUUCAGGAGGAAUUAAAAUGCCAAAGAUGAAAAUGCCGUCUAUGUCAAUGCCUGAUGUUGAUUUCAGUCUCAAAGGGCCAAAGUUCAAAGGGGGAGUUGAGGGAGAAAUGAGUACACCCAAAGCUGAAUUUGAUGGAUUGGAUAUCUCAGUAGAGAGUCCAGACAUUGCACCAAAGAAGUCUAAGUUCAAAAUGCCAAAGUUUGGAUUCAAAGGGCCCAAAGUCAAGUCUCCUGAGGUUGAUGUAAAGCUAGCAAAAGCCGAUAUCAAUAUCAAAGCACCGAAAGGUAGUGUUCCAGACCUUGACCUUGAUAUUGGCGCUACCAGCCCUAAAGUCAAAGGAUCCAAAUUCAAAAUGCCUAAAUUUGGAUUCAAAAGCCCGAAGGUAGAGAUGCCAGAUGUAGAUAUUAAUCUUCCUAAAGCUGACAUUGACUUCAAGGGACCCAAUGUCGAUAUUAAAGGUCCUCAUAUUGACAUUGAAAGUCCUGAUGGCAAAAUCAAGGGACCAAAAAACAAGAUGCCAUCAAUAUCAGGACCAAAGGUCUCCAUGCCUGAUGUGGACUUCAACUUAAAAGGUCCAAAAAUGAAAGGAGAUAUCAAUAUACCAGUCCCCAAGAUCGAAGGAGACAUCAAAGGUCCAAGCGUAGACAUUGAAGGUCCAGAUGGUAAAAUCAAAGGGCCAAAAUUCAAAAUGCCAUCAAUAUCUGGACCAAACAUCUCAAUGCCUGACAUGGACUUCAACCUGAAAGGUCCAAAGGUGAAGGGAGAUCUGGAUAUGUCAGGAAACCUCAAAGCACCCAAAGUAGAAAUUGAGGGUCCAGAUGUUGACAUUGAAGGUUCGGGAUUUAAGAUGCCGAAGAUGAAGAUGCCCUCAUUUGGAAUCAAAGUACCCAAAGUUGAGGGAGAUUUUGAUGUCAAUCUACCUAAAGGCGACAUUGACAUUGAAGGUCCAGAAAUUGACAUUGAAGGUCCAGAUGGUAAAAUCAAAGGGCCGAAAUUAAAGAUGCCAUCAAUAUCUGGACCAAAGAUCUCUAUGCCUGAUGUGGACUUCAACCUGAAAGGUCCAAAGGUGAAAGGAGAUGUGAAUGUUUCAGUCCCCAAGAUCGAAGGAGACAUCAAAGGUCCAAACCUAGACAUUGAAGGUCCAGAUGGUAAAAUCAAAGGGCCGAAAUUCAAGAUGCCAUCAAUAUCAGGACCAAACAUCUCAAUGCCUGACAUGGACUUCAACCUGAAAGGUCCAAAGAUGAAGGGAGAUCUGGAUAUGUCAGGAAACCUCAAAGCACCCAAAGUAGACAUUGAAGGUCCAGAUGUUGACAUUGAAGGUUCUGGAGGAUUUCAGAUGCCAAAGAUGAAGAUGCCCUCAUUUGGAUUCAAAGGACCCAAAGUUGAGGGAGAUUUUGAUGUCAAUCUACCUAAAGGCGACAUUGACAUUGAAGGUCCAGAAAUUGACAUUGCAGGUCCAGAUGGUAAAAUCAAAGGGCCGAAAUUCAAGAUGCCAUCAAUAUCUGGACCAAAGAUCGCUAUGCCUGAUGUGGACUUCAACCUGAAAGGUCCAAAGGUGAAAGGAGAUGUGAAUGUUUCAGUCCCCAAGAUCGAAGGAGAUAUCAAAGGUCCAAACCUAGACAUUGAAGGUCCAGAUGGUAAAAUCAAAGGGCCGAAAUUCAAGAUGCCAUCAAUAUCUGGACCAAACAUCUCAAUGCCUGACAUGGACUUCAACCUGAAAGGUCCAAAGGUGAAGGGAGAUCUGGAUAUGUCAGGAAACCUCAAAGCACCCAAAGUAGACAUUGAAGGGCCAGAUGUUGAUAUUGAAGGUUCAGGAGGAUUCAAGAUGCCAAAGAUGAAGAUGCCUUCGUUUGGAUUGAAAGGUCCCAAACUUGAGGGUCCAGAUAUUGAUGUCAACCUAGCUAAAGCUGACAUUGACAUCAAGGCUCCCAAAAUUGAUAUUAAAGCUCCUGAACUUGACAUUGAAGGUCCAGAUGGUAAAAUCAAAGGUCCAAAAUUCAAGAUGCCAUCAAUAUCAGGACCAAACAUCUCAAUGCCUGACAUGGACUUCAACCUGAAAGGUCCAAAGGUGAAGGGAGAUCUGGAUAUGUCAGGAAACCUCAAAGCACCCAAAGUAGACAUUGAAGGUCCAGAUGUUGACAUUGAAGGUUCAGGAGGAUUUAAGAUGCCAAAGAUGAAGAUGCCUUCGUUUGGAUUCAAAGGACCCAAAGUUGAGGGAGAUUUUGAUGUCAAUCUACCUAAAGGCGACAUUGACAUUGAAGGUCCAGAAAUUGACAUUGAAGGUCCAGAUGGUAAAAUCAAAGGGCCGAAAUUCAAGAUGCCAUCAAUAUCAGGACCAAAGAUCUCUAUGCCUGAUGUGGACUUCAACCUGAAAGGUCCAAAGGUGAAAGGAGAUGUGAAUGUUUCAGUCCCCAAGAUCGAAGGAGACAUCAAAGGCCCAAACCUAGACAUUGAAGGUCCAGAUGGUAAAAUCAAAGGGCCGAAAUUCAAGAUGCCAUCAAUAUCUGGACCAAACAUCUCAAUGCCUGACAUGGACUUCAACCUGAAAGGUCCAAAGGUGAAGGGAGAUCUGGAUAUGUCAGGAAACCUCAAAGCACCCAAAGUAGACUUUGAAGGUCCAGAUGUUGAUAUUGAAGGUUCAGGAGGAUUCAAGAUGCCAAAGAUGAAGAUGCCUUCGUUUGGAUUCAAAGGUCCCAAACUUGAGGGUCCAGAUAUUGAUGUCAACCUACCUAAAGCUGACAUUGACAUCAAGGCUCCCAAAAUUGAUAUUAAAGGUCCAGAACUUGACAUUGAAGGUCCAGAUGGUAAAAUCAAAGGGCCAAAAUUCAAGAUGCCAUCAAUAUCAGGACCAAACAUCUCAAUGCCUGAUGUGGACUUCAACCUGAAAGGUCCAAAGAUGAAGGGAGAUCUGGAUAUGUCAGGAAACCUCAAAGCACCCAAAGUAGACAUUGAAGGUCCAGAUGUUGACAUUGAAGGUUCAGGAGGAUUUAAGAUGCCAAAGAUGAAGAUGCCUUCGUUUGGAUUCAAAGGACCCAAAGUUGAGGGAGAUUUCGAUGUCAAUCUACCUAAAGGCGACAUUGACAUUGAAGGUCCAGAAUUUGACAUUGCAGGUCCAGAUGGUAAAAUCAAAGGGACGAAAUUCAAGAUGCCAUCAAUAUCUGGUCCAAAGAUCUCUAUGCCUGAUGUGGACUUCAACCUGAAAGGUCCAAAGGUGAAAGGAGAUGUGAAUGUUUCAGUCCCCAAGAUCGAAGGAGACAUCAAAGGUCCAAACCUAGACAUUGAAGGUCCAGAUGGUAAAAUCAAAGGGCCGAAAUUCAAGAUGCCAUCAAUAUCAGGACCAAACAUCUCAAUGCCUGACAUGGACUUCAACCUGAAAGGUCCAAAGUUGAAGGGAGAUCUGGAUAUGUCAGGAAACCUCAAAGCACCCAAAGUAGACAUUGAAGGGCCAGAUGUUGAUAUUGAAGGUUCAGGAGGAUUCAAGAUGCCAAAGAUGAAGAUGCCUUCGUUUGGAUUCAAAGGUCCCAAACUUGAGGGUCCAGAUAUUGAUGUCAACCUACCUAAAGCUGACAUUGACAUUAAGGCUCCCAAAAUUGAUAUUAAAGGUCCAGAACUUGACAUUGAAGGUCCAGAUGGUAAAAUCAAAGGGUCGAAAUUCAAGAUGCCAUCAAUAUCAGGACCAAACAUCUCAAUGCCUGACAUGGACUUCAACUUGAAAGGUCCAAAGAUGAAGGGAGAUCUGGAUAUGUCAGGAAACCUCAAAGCACCCAAAGUCGACAUUGAAGGUCCAGAUGUUGACAUUGAAGGUUCAGGAGGAUUUAAGAUGCCAAAGAUGAAGAUGCCUUCAUUUGGAUUCAAAGGUCCCAAACUUGAGGGUCCAGAUAUUGAUGUCAACCUACCUAAAGCUGACAUUGACAUCAAGGCUCCCAAAAUUGAUAUUAAAGGUCCAGAACUUGACAUUGAAGGUCCAGAUGGUAAAAUCAAAGGGUCGAAAUUCAAGAUGCCAUCAAUAUCAGGACCAAACAUCUCAAUGCCUGACAUGGACUUCAACCUGAAAGGUCCAAAGAUGAAGGGAGAUCUGGAUAUGUCAGGAAACCUCAAAGCACCCAAAGUAGACAUUGAAGGUCCAGAUGUUGACAUUGAAGGUUCAGGAGGAUUUAAGAUGCCAAAGAUGAAGAUGCCUUCGUUUGGAUUCAAAGGACCCAAAGUUGAGGGAGAUUUUGAUGUCAAUCUACCUAAAGGCGACAUUGACAUUGAAGGUCCAGAAAUUGACAUUGCAGGUCCAGAUGGUAAAAUCAAAGGGCCGAAAUUCAAGAUGCCAUCAAUAUCUGGACCAAAGAUCUCUAUGCCUGAUGUGGACUUCAACCUGAAAGGUCCAAAGGUGAAAGGAGAUGUGAAUGUUUCAGUCCCCAAGAUCGAAGGAGACAUCAAAGGUCCAAACCUAGAUAUUGAAGGUCCAGAUGGUAAAAUCAAAGGGCCGAAAUUCAAGAUGCCAUCUAUAUCUGGACCAAACAUCUCAAUGCCUGACAUGGAUUUCAACCUGAAAGGUCCAAAGGUGAAGGGAGAUUUGGAUAUGUCAGGAAACCUCAAAGCACCCAAAGUAGACAUUGAAGGUCCAGAUGUUGACAUUGAAGGUUCAGGAGGAUUUAAGAUGCCAAAGAUGAAGAUGCCUUCGUUUGGAUUCAAAGGACCCAAAGUUGAGGGAGAUUUUGAUGUCAAUCUACCUAAAGGCGACAUUGACAUUGAAGGUCCAGAAAUUGACAUUGCAGGUCCAGAUGGUAAAAUCAAAGGGCCGAAAUUCAAGAUGCCAUCAAUAUCUGGACCAAAGAUCUCUAUGCCUGAUGUGGACUUCAACCUGAAAGGUUCAAAGGUGAAAGGAGAUGUGAAUGUUUCAGUCCCCAAGAUCGAAGGAGACAUCAAAGGUCCAAACCUAGACAUUGAAGGUCCAGAUGGUAAAAUCAAAGGGGCGAAAUUCAAGAUGCCAUCUAUAUCUGGACCAAACAUCUCAAUGCCUGACAUGGAUUUCAACCUGAAAGGUCCAAAGGUGAAGGGAGAUCUGGAUAUGUCAGGAAACCUCAAAGCACCCAAAGUAGACAUUGAAGGUCCAGAUGUUGACAUUGAAGGUUCAGGAGGAUUUAAGAUGCCAAAGAUGAAGAUGCCUUCGUUUGGAUUCAAAGGUCCCAAACUUGAGGGUCCAGAUAUUGAUGUCAACCUACCUAAAGCUGACAUUGACAUCAAGGCUCCCAAAAUUGACAUGAAAGGUCCAGAACUUGACAUUGAAGGUCCAGAUGGUAAAAUCAAAGGGUCGAAAUUCAAGAUGCCAUCAAUAUCAGGACCAAACAUCUCAAUGCCUGACAUGGACUUCAACCUGAAAGGUCCAAAGAUGAAGGGAGAUCUGGAUAUGUCAGGAAACCUCAAAGCACCCAAAGUAGACAUUGAAGGUCCAGAUGUUGACAUUGAAGGUUCAGGAGGAUUUAAGAUGCCAAAGAUGAAGAUGCCUUCGUUUGGAUUCAAAGGACCCAAAGUUGAGGGAGAUUUUGAUGUCAAUCUACCUAAAGGCGACAUUGGCAUUGAAGGUCCAGAAAUUGACAUUGAAGGUCCAGAUGGUAAAAUCAAAGGGUCGAAAUUCAAGAUGCCAUCAAUAUCUGGACCAAAGAUCUCUAUGCCUGAUGUGGACUUCAACCUGAAAGGUCCAAAGGUGAAAGGAGAUGUGAAUGUUUCAGUCCCCAAGAUCGAAGGAGACAUCAAAGGUCCAAACCUAGAUAUUGAAGGUCCAGAUGGUAAAAUCAAAGGGUCGAAAUUCAAGAUGCCAUCUAUAUCAGGACCAAACAUCUCAAUGCCUGACAUGGAUUUCAACCUGAAAGGUCCAAAGGUGAAGGGAGAUCUGGAUAUGUCAGGAAACCUCAAAGCACCCAAAGUAGACAUUGAAGGUCCAGAUGUUGACAUUGAAGGUUCAGGAGGAUUUAAGAUGCCAAAGAUGAAGAUGCCUUCGUUUGGAUUCAAAGGACCCAAAGUUGAGGGAGAUUUUGAUGUCAAUCUACCUAAAGGCGACAUUGACAUUGAAGGUCCAGAAAUUGACAUUGCAGGUCCAGAUGGUAAAAUCAAAGGGCCGAAAUUCAAGAUGCCAUCAAUAUCUGGACCAAAGAUCUCUAUGCCUGAUGUGGACUUCAACCUGAAAGGUCCAAAGGUGAAAGGAGAUGUGAAUGUUUCAGUCCCCAAGAUCGAAGGAGACAUCAAAGGUCCAAACCUAGACAUUGAAGGUCCAGAUGGUAAAAUCAAAGGGGCGAAAUUCAAGAUGCCAUCAAUAUCUGGACCAAACAUCUCAAUGCCUGACAUGGAUUUCAACCUGAAAGGUCCAAAGGUGAAGGGAGAUCUGGAUAUGUCAGGAAACCUCAAAGCACCCAAAGUAGACAUUGAAGGUCCAGAUGUUGACAUUGAAGGUUCAGGAGGAUUUAAGAUGCCAAAGAUGAAGAUGCCUUCGUUUGGAUUCAAAGGUCCCAAACUUGAGGGUCCAGAUAUUGAUGUCAACCUACCUAAAGCUGACAUUGACAUCAAGGCUCCCAAAAUUGACAUGAAAGGUCCAGAACUUGACAUUGAAGGUCCAGAUGGUAAAAUCAAAGGGUCGAAAUUCAAGAUGCCAUCAAUAUCAGGACCAAACAUCUCAAUGCCUGACUUGGACUUCAACCUGAAAGGUCCAAAGAUGAAGGGAGAUCUGGAUAUGUCAGGAAACCUCAAAGCACCCAAAGUAGACAUUGAAGGUCCAGAUGUUGACAUUGAAGGUUCAGGAGGAUUUAAGAUGCCAAAGAUGAAGAUGCCUUCGUUUGGAUUCAAAGGACCCAAAGUUGAGGGAGAUUUUGAUGUCAAUCUACCUAAAGGCGACAUUGACAUUGAAGGUCCAGAAAUUGACAUUGAAGGUCCAGAUGGUAAAAUCAAAGGGCCGAAAUUCAAGAUGCCAUCAAUAUCUGGACCAAAGAUCUCUAUGCCUGAUGUGGACUUCAACCUGAAAGGUCCAAAGGUGAAAGGAGAUGUGAAUGUUUCAGUCCCCAAGAUCGAAGGAGACAUCAAAGGUCCAAACCUAGACAUUGAAGGUCCAGAUGGUAAAAUCAAAGGGCCGAAAUUCAAGAUGCCAUCAAUAUCAGGACCAAACAUCUCAAUGCCUGACAUGGACUUCAACCUGAAAGGUCCAAAGAUGAAGGGAGAUCUGGAUAUGUCAGGAAACCUCAAAGCACCCAAAGUAGACAUUGAAGGUCCAGAUGUUGACAUUGAAGGUUCAGGAGGAUUUAAGAUGCCAAAGAUGAAGAUGCCUUCGUUUGGAUUCAAGGGACCCAAAGUUGAGGGAGAUUUUGAUGUCAAAAUACCUAAAGGCGACAUUGACAUUGAAGGUCCAGAACUUGACAUUGAAGGUCCAGAUGGUAAAAUCAAAGGUCCAAAAUUCAAGAUGCCAUCAAUAUCAGGACCAAACAUCUCAAUGCCUGACAUGGACGUCAACCUGAAAGGUCCAAAGAUGAAGGGAGAUCUGGAUAUGUCAGGAAACCUCAAAGCACCCAAAGUAGACAUUGAAGGUCCAGAUGUUGACAUUGAAGGUUCAGGAGGAUUUAAGAUGCCAAAGAUGAAGAUGCCUUCGUUUGGAUUCAAAGGACCCAAAGUUGAGGGAGAUUUUGAUGUCAAUCUACCUAAAGGCGACAUUGACAUUGAAGGUCCAGAAAUUGACAUUGCAGGUCCAGAUGGUAAAAUCAAAGGGCCGAAAUUCAAGAUGCCAUCAAUAUCUGGACCAAAGAUCUCUAUGCCUGAUGUGGACUUCAACCUGAAAGGUCCAAAGGUGAAAGGAGAUGUGAAUGUUUCAGUCCCCAAGAUCGAAGGAGACAUCAAAGGUCCAAACCUAGAUAUUGAAGGUCCAGAUGGUAAAAUCAAAGGGCCGAAAUUCAAGAUGCCAUCUAUAUCUGGACCAAACAUCUCAAUGCCUGACAUGGAUUUCAACCUGAAAGGUCCAAAGGAAGGAGAUUUGGAUAUGUCAGGAAACCUCAAAGCACCCAAAGUAGACAUUGAAGGUCCAGAUGUUGACAUUGAAGGUUCAGGAGGAUUUAAGAUGCCAAAGAUGAAGAUGCCUUCGUUUGGAUUCAAAGGACCCAAAGUUGAGGGAGAUUUUGAUGUCAAUCUACCUAAAGGCGACAUUGACAUUGAAGGUCCAGAAAUUGACAUUGCAGGUCCAGAUGGUAAAAUCAAAGGGCCGAAAUUCAAGAUGCCAUCAAUAUCUGGACCAAAGAUCUCUAUGCCUGAUGUGGACUUCAACCUGAAAGGUUCAAAGGUGAAAGGAGAUGUGAAUGUUUCAGUCCCCAAGAUCGAAGGAGACAUCAAAGGUCCAAACCUAGACAUUGAAGGUCCAGAUGGUAAAAUCAAAGGGGCGAAAUUCAAGAUGCCAUCUAUAUCUGGACCAAACAUCUCAAUGCCUGACAUGGAUUUCAACCUGAAAGGUCCAAAGGUGAAGGGAGAUCUGGAUAUGUCAGGAAACCUCAAAGCACCCAAAGUAGACAUUGAAGGUCCAGAUGUUGACAUUGAAGGUUCAGGAGGAUUUAAGAUGCCAAAGAUGAAGAUGCCUUCGUUUGGAUUCAAAGGUCCCAAACUUGAGGGUCCAGAUAUUGAUGUCAACCUACCUAAAGCUGACAUUGACAUCAAGGCUCCCAAAAUUGACAUGAAAGGUCCAGAACUUGACAUUGAAGGUCCAGAUGGUAAAAUCAAAGGGUCGAAAUUCAAGAUGCCAUCAAUAUCAGGACCAAACAUCUCAAUGCCUGACUUGGACUUCAACCUGAAAGGUCCAAAUGAAGGAGAUCUGGAUAUGUCAGGAAACCUCAAAGCACCCAAAGUAGACAUUGAAGGUCCAGAUGUUGACAUUGAAGGUUCAGGAGGAUUUAAGAUGCCAAAGAUGAAGAUGCCUUCGUUUGGAUUCAAAGGACCCAAAGUUGAGGGAGAUUUUGAUGUCAAUCUACCUAAAGGCGACAUUGACAUUGAAGGUCCAGAAAUUGACAUUGAAGGUCCAGAUGGUAAAAUCAAAGGGCCGAAAUUCAAGAUGCCAUCAAUAUCUGGACCAAAGAUCUCUAUGCCUGAUGUGGACUUCAACCUGAAAGGUCCAAAGGUGAAAGGAGAUGUGAAUGUUUCAGUCCCCAAGAUCGAAGGAGACAUCAAAGGUCCAAACCUAGAUAUUGAAGGUCCAGAUGGUAAAAUCAAAGGGUCGAAAUUCAAGAUGCCAUCUAUAUCAGGACCAAACAUCUCAAUGCCUGACAUGGAUUUCAACCUGAAAGGUCCAAAGGUGAAGGGAGAUCUGGAUAUGUCAGGAAACCUCAAAGCACCCAAAGUAGACAUUGAAGGUCCAGAUGUUGACAUUGAAGGUUCAGGAGGAUUUAAGAUGCCAAAGAUGAAGAUGCCUUCGUUUGGAUUCAAAGGACCCAAAGUUGAGGGAGAUUUUGAUGUCAAUCUACCUAAAGGCGACAUUGACAUUGAAGGUCCAGAAAUUGACAUUGCAGGUCCAGAUGGUAAAAUCAAAGGGCCGAAAUUCAAGAUGCCAUCAAUAUCUGGACCAAAGAUCUCUAUGCCUGAUGUGGACUUCAACCUGAAAGGUCCAAAGGUGAAAGGAGAUGUGAAUGUUUCAGUCCCCAAGAUCGAAGGAGACAUCAAAGGUCCAAACCUAGACAUUGAAGGUCCAGAUGGUAAAAUCAAAGGGGCGAAAUUCAAGAUGCCAUCAAUAUCUGGACCAAACAUCUCAAUGCCUGACAUGGAUUUCAACCUGAAAGGUCCAAAGGUGAAGGGAGAUCUGGAUAUGUCAGGAAACCUCAAAGCACCCAAAGUAGACAUUGAAGGUCCAGAUGUUGACAUUGAAGGUUCAGGAGGAUUUAAGAUGCCAAAGAUGAAGAUGCCUUCGUUUGGAUUCAAAGGUCCCAAACUUGAGGGUCCAGAUAUUGAUGUCAACCUACCUAAAGCUGACAUUGACAUCAAGGCUCCCAAAAUUGACAUGAAAGGUCCAGAACUUGACAUUGAAGGUCCAGAUGGUAAAAUCAAAGGGUCGAAAUUCAAGAUGCCAUCAAUAUCAGGACCAAACAUCUCAAUGCCUGACUUGGACUUCAACCUGAAAGGUCCAAAGAUGAAGGGAGAUCUGGAUAUGUCAGGAAACCUCAAAGCACCCAAAGUAGACAUUGAAGGUCCAGAUGUUGACAUUGAAGGUUCAGGAGGAUUUAAGAUGCCAAAGAUGAAGAUGCCUUCGUUUGGAUUCAAAGGACCCAAAGUUGAGGGAGAUUUUGAUGUCAAUCUACCUAAAGGCGACAUUGACAUUGAAGGUCCAGAAAUUGACAUUGAAGGUCCAGAUGGUAAAAUCAAAGGGCCGAAAUUCAAGAUGCCAUCAAUAUCUGGACCAAAGAUCUCUAUGCCUGAUGUGGACUUCAACCUGAAAGGUCCAAAGGUGAAAGGAGAUGUGAAUGUUUCAGUCCCCAAGAUCGAAGGAGACAUCAAAGGUCCAAACCUAGACAUUGAAGGUCCAGAUGGUAAAAUCAAAGGGCCGAAAUUCAAGAUGCCAUCAAUAUCAGGACCAAACAUCUCAAUGCCUGACAUGGACUUCAACCUGAAAGGUCCAAAGAUGAAGGGAGAUCUGGAUAUGUCAGGAAACCUCAAAGCACCCAAAGUAGACAUUGAAGGUCCAGAUGUUGACAUUGAAGGUUCAGGAGGAUUUAAGAUGCCAAAGAUGAAGAUGCCUUCGUUUGGAUUCAAGGGACCCAAAGUUGGAGAUUUUGAUGUCAAAAUACCUAAAGGCGACAUUGACAUUGAAGGUCCAGAACUUGACAUUGAAGGUCCAGAUGGUAAAAUCAAAGGUCCAAAAUUCAAGAUGCCAUCAAUAUCAGGACCAAACAUCUCAAUGCCUGACAUGGACGUCAACCUGAAAGGUCCAAAGAUGAAGGGAGAUCUGGAUAUGUCAGGAAACCUCAAAGCACCCAAAGUAGACAUUGAAGGUCCAGAUGUUGACAUUGAAGGUUCAGGAGGAUUUAAGAUGCCAAAGAUGAAGAUGCCCUCAUUUGGAUUCAAAGGCCCUAAACUUGAGGGUCCAGAUAUUGAUUGCAACCUACCUAAAGCUGAUAUUGACCUCAAGGGACCAAAUAUUGACAUUUCACGUCCAGAUCUCAACCUUAGUGGCCCUGAUGCUAAGUUGUCCGGUGGAUCCCUUGAUAUGGGAAGUCCCAGUUUCAGUUUUGACAAACCAGAUGUUAAGUUUCCUAAGUUCAAAGGUCCCACAUUUGGUAUUAGGUCACCUGAAGUUGAAAGGCCUGAACUGAAUAUUUCUCACGGAAAGAUGGAUGUGAAGGCACCUGAGGUUGACCUUAACCUAGGGGAUGCAAAUAUCAAAGGACCUAAAUUCAAAGCACCAAAGAUCCAUAUGGGAGGCAAGAGCCCCAAAUUAGAUGUUAAUUUGCCAGAGGUCGACAGUAGUCUAGAAGCCCCUGAUGUUGACAUUCAUGUCAAAGGAAAGAAAGGUAAAUUCAAACUACCCAAAAUCAAAGGGAAAGCAAAGAAACCUGAUGUAGAUAUUGACCUUGAAACAUCAGGUAUAGAUUUAAAUGUUGACUCUCCUGAGCUUCACCUGAAAGGAGCAAAAGUAAAGAAACCUUUCUUUGGAAAACUUCAUUUCCCUGAUGUGGAAUUUGAUGUAAAAUCUCCCAAAGUUAAAGGUGAUGGCUCUCUGUCUGGUGGCUUGUCAUCUGGGAGUCUACAAGCCAAUAUUGAGGCACCAGAUCUAAACGUGCAAGUCCCAGAUGUAAAAACUAAGUCUAACAUAAAAUUUCCAGGGAUGAAAAUCAAAGGGCCCCAGGUGAAUGUUCCUGAUGUUGAUGUAAAUGUGAACAGGAAAAAUCUGAAAGGAGAGGCAAGCCUUUCAGGAGAUUUAAAAGGUCCUAAGAUAGAUAUUGGAGGAGGGGGAGGAAGAGUAGAUGUUGACUCAAAUGUUUCAGGGUACAGUGGACUACAUUUCCCAGAGGGACACGUAUCAUUCCCCAAAAUCAAUGUUCCAAAGUACCAUGGGCCAGAGAUGGGAGAAGAUGUUGAUGCAGGAUCAAGAGCAGGGGCAGGGGCAACAGUGCGGGGUGGAAAGAUUGAUGUGCAGGCUCCUUUGGUUAGUGGUAGUUCUCCGAACCUGGAGCUGCACAGUGGUGAGAAAGUCAAGGUCAAGAUGCCAAGGUUCGGUUUUGGCAAGUCAAAGGCAAAGGGAGGUAGUGCAGUGGAUCUUAGCUUUCAGGGGCCGGAUGCAGAACUGGGAGCCGGUGGUAGUGGCGGCGUUAAGGGCUCCAAAGAGUUGAGUUUAAGUCAUGGGGAGUUAGUAAGUGGCAAGUUGUCUGUAGAGGGAGGAUCUGGGCAUAGUGUGUCCCCUAAGAGCAAGUCAGCCUCACUGGAUCUUUUUAAGAAAUCAAGGCAUCGGUCUUCCUCUGUGGCGAGUGACGAGGGAGAUCUGGCUGUGUCCUCCCCCUCAAGUCACUUAAGUGCUGAGGGUGGCGACAUCUCUGUAGAUGUUGGGAGGGCCAAGGUGAAAGGAAAGAAGUUAAAGUUUGGCACCUUUGGUGGUUUUGGCUCAAAGUCAAAGGGCUCAUAUGAAGUGCGACUGGGUGAAGAUAGUGAAGAGAGAGUUGAGGCAAGUGGUGUAUCUCUCCCCUCCAAAAAGUCUAGAAUCUCUUCAUCCUCGAGCAGCGACAGUGGGUCUAGAGGUGGUUUCCGUUUCCCAAAACUCGAGUUGUCUGUGUCACCAAAGAAAUGAUGAAUUGUGAGGAUAAUUAUAAACUACAACCCAAUUGUCUGUACACAACACCCCUAUCUGCUCAAGUUUUUAAACUUGACAGAUGAGUUCACAUCUCAUCUCAAUGUAACAUUAUGUGUGUGUUAUUCCCUUCGGGCUUUCUCCACACAUUUGACUUAUUACAUAUGGGGCAGAUGACAUUGUUCAGACUACAAUUUAACUGUAAAUAAGAUGAAUCUGUAUUGUAUUAUUAAGUAUUGUCUUUUGUACAUAGUCAAAAUUUAUUGAACUUAUUACCAUCUCACCAAAUUAAUACCAAUAGUGCCUCACAUGUUUAGUCCAAGUGUUGCAUUGCAUUCUUUUAAAAAUGCAUUUAGUUAAGAUUAGCUGUGGUAUUUUUGUAUCCAGACGGGGUCUAUUGCACAAACAUAGUUUAGAUUCAAUUGUUAUUUUGAAGAAAAGUAUGUUUAUAUACACAGACAACAACUACUUUUCAUUUUUAUGUAUGAAAUGAUUUACAUUUGUUUUGAAGCUUUGGAUAUAUAAUCGUUGCAGAAGCAUAUUUACUCAACAUAGAGCAGGGCCCUGUAUAACAUUCUUUCAAGAGUGACAAUGCUAUUAGAGACCAUAAUUGAAAAUAAAAGCAAUGUCUAUGUACUCUAUAAACUCUAUUAAAAGCUGUUGUUAAUCUUUGAGGGAGAGAAUGUCCUUUUUAAUUUAAUUUGUAUUAUUUUAUUUUUUUACAUCCAUUUGAUUACUACUAUUUGUCAAUUUUUCAACACCUUUAAUUAGAAUUCUACUCAAAUGACAAAAUAGUGCAGCGUAUGCUGAAGAAUCCAUUUGUAUUUUUUAAAUGUUUUAUUCUUGUACAAUCAAGAGAUGUAAUGUAAAGAAACAGAAUAACCAGCAAAUUUUGUUUUUAACGAAGACAGUGUCUUACAUUCAGAUGGAUCUCUCUCUCUCUCUCUCUCUCUCUCUCUCUCUCUCUCUCUCUCUCUCUCUCUCUCUCUCUCUCUCUCUCAA